AUGAACCAGAUUUCGCAAAAAAGACAAACUUCAAAGAGGAGGGUGGAACAACCAAUAAGUGUUGAUCAACCGGUGCCAAAGAAGAGGAGUGAACAAAGGUCGGAGAGUGAAAAAGGGUCGAAGAAGAACUCUUCGAGAGGUUUAACUUUGCAAGCUACUCCACUUGUUGCUGACACGAUCCUUCAAACGCUGUCUAAAGAUUUAACAUUUCUACAGAACCGUGUUAGUAUGUUACCUAGUGACACUCCCAUUCAAGUUCCACUACCUAAGGCAAUGUUCCACUUUGAUGAGGAUGCAGUUACAUGGCUUAGCAAAGAAGAUGUGAAAGAAUUUCUAAGUGGUUCAAUGCUUAACAUCUCCCUCGUUCAAACAUUCAUGAGAGCACUACAGGAGCACUUACUUGAGAUUGAUUCUCCGUGUCAAGUAGGGUGGUUAUGCCCCGAGCAAAUCUCCACUACUAGAAUCUUAGGCAACUACCCUGACGUGUUGUACUAUGUUGAACGGGGUAUCAAGGAAUCAUUGCGUGCGGGUGACAAGUUCAUAUUCGCCCCAUGUUUUGAGGAUGCACAUUGGACCCUGCUGGUGAUUUGUGUUCCCAGUAACACCAUCUUCCUUUUUGAUUCAGCUCGAUUGCCUCAUCCGAAAAAGCUCCUCGUGAAGUUUAUACUGCGAAAGUAA